GGAUUAUUAACUACAGUAGCAUUUGGAGCUACUUAUUGGUAUUAUAAGCCUGUUGUCACCAAUCCAACCCCUAUUACCCCUUAUAUUCCUCCACCCUUUGUUUGGGAAAAAAUACCUAAGCCCGUGCUUAAACGGUUUACUGUUCCCAUCAAUGAAGACAUGUCAACGGGAUGGUCCAUGACAAGUACUGUCAUUAUUGGCAUUACAGGAUUAUUAGCAAAAGGUUUUCUUCAUCUUAGUCAUUAUAAAGUGUAUAAUCUUGAUCGUUUUCUAAAUAUUCUUUAUGAUCCUAAUCGAAAAAAAGGCAUUGUAACAGUUUCCAAUCAUGAGUCUGUAUUAGAUGAUCCUCUUUUAUGGGGGGUCUUGCCAAUAAAGACUUUAUUUUCAAUACAAAACAUGCGUUGGACUUUAGGAGCUGCGGAUAUAUGUUUUACUUCUAUUUUUAAAUCAUUCUUUUUCGCUCUUGGACAAACGAUCCCAACUAUAAGAGGAGCGGGCAUAUAUCAACCUGGUGUUGACUUUGCUAUUCAAAAAUUAAAUAAAAAUGGUUGGAUUCAUGUCUUUCCAGAAUCAAAAGUGACGCAACAGCCAGAUUAUGAAAUGAUUCGAUUCAAGUGGGGGAUUGGACGGAUAUUGAUGGAUUCGUGCGAGGAGGAAGGAGUUAUUGUGAUCCCUAUU